AUGAAGACGAUCCUCAAGACGACCGUUGCGUCGCAGAACUUGCGCGCGACAUGGGGCGGCGGCGGCGACAUUGGCGGCACGAUCAGCAGCCUCAUUCAAAACUGCCUCAACGGCUACGGCCUCUUCAACGGCGGUGGUGGCGGCGGUGGCUGGGGCGGCAACUCGGGUGGCGGUGGCUGGGGCGGUAACACCGGAGGUAACGCCGGUGGCAACACGGGCGGCGGCUGGUAA